AUGUUUUCUUUAAUCAUUUGCUUUAUCGUCCUUUUUCUUUUAUCAAAAAUUUUUGAAAAGGCGCUUGUUCUGGAUAUAGAUUUAGGAGAAAACAAAGAUCAAGAAACUGGGGACGACGUUGAAGAAAUUUUAGAUACACUUAUCUCCUUUGUUCAAGAAAACAACAAGACGUUAGAGUGGGUAGCACGUAACAUGGUAUAUGCCGAAACUGGAGAAGUGACUGACUUGGUUGAAGAGUUGGUUGACCUUAUAAAUGAGCAACAAGAUAAAAUCGCUAGACGUCUAAUUCACCAAAAACCAAAGAAAAACAAUGUAUUAAAUGAAAAAUUUAUGAAAGUGGAAAGAAAUCCCCCAAAGUUCAAGCUUUAA